AUGCAAGCACCGCUCUUUUUCGCCCUCUGCUCGAUCCUCCUCACACCUGUACACGCUCUCUGGCCGAUCCCAUCGGGGAAUCGCACCAACGGAACCACACUCCUUCAGUUGUCGCCCAAUGUGGACUUCAAAUUUGUUCCUCCGGCCGCCGCUAUCCUCUUAGAUAACUGCACUGGGAGCUCCACGGAACCCCGCGUUCAGUCGGCGAUCGCGAGGACCCUCAAGGCUCUCAUGACGGACAAUUUCGUUCCUUGGAUGUUGCAUCCGUUUGGGAUCGACUUCCAGCCUUGCACGCAGUACAUCAUGGGAGCGCCUAUGAUUUCGCAGAUCAUUGUCAAGCAGACUGACACGGAUCCUUCCAACAUCGCGAGUCCCGUUGCUUUCAACAUAUCGGAGUCGUACACGCUUGAUAUCCCUGUGGAUGGAUCGCCGGUUGUGGUGGAGUGUACGCACUCGUUGGGAUGUUUGCAUGGCUUGACUACGCUGCAGCAGUUGUUCUAUACAUACUCUCCGUCGACAUAUUUGUACCAGAAUGGGCAGGGAAGCAACAUGGUCUACAUUCCAGAUGCACCCAUCCAUAUUGAGGACGCUCCGAAGUUCCAGCAUCGCGGAAUGAACUUUGACGUGGCCCGUAAUUUCUUCCCCGUCCCAGAUAUCCUUCGUCAAAUAGAUGCCCUUGCCUUCAACAAGUUCAAUACUCUCCACCUCCACAUUACAGACGCUCAAUCUUGGCCUCUUGUAAUCCCCUGUUACCCAGAGCUUGCCGAGAAAGGAGCUUAUGCCCCGGGAUUGUGGUAUACACCUACCGAUAUCGAAUUGAUCCAGUCCUACGGUUCAGAUCGCGGAGUACAGGUCAUCUUGGAGAUAGACAUGCCGGGACAUUCAGGUUCGAUUGGGUACUCGCACCCUGAAUUGACGUGUGCCGUGGACGAUCCCAACUGGGCUGCAGACAAUGUCGCAGCGGAACCCCCAAGCGGUACAUUACGUCUGAACAGCUCGGAUGUCACCGUCUUUAUUGACAACAUGUUUGACGACCUCCUACCCCGCCUUAAGGAGUAUGCUGCUUUUUACCACACAGGCGGCGACGAAGUUAAACCUAACGCAUACCUCCUCGACCCCACCGUCCGCUCAAACGACUCCGAAGUCCUGCAACCCCUCGUAAACGCCUUCGUUCUGAACGCACAAGCGAAGGUCCACGAAUACGGCUUCACGGGCAUCGCGUGGGAAGAAAUGCUCCUUGACUGGAACGUAACUUUGGCUAAAGACACAUUGAUACAAGUGUGGCAAGCAACCCGGAACGUAAAGUCUGUAAUCGCAAAAGGGUACCGUGCCAUUGUCGGGAACUAUAACUACUGGUAUCUCGACUGCGGAAAAGGCCAAUUCAUUGAUUUCCAGAACGAUACGGUGUACUACCCCUUCACAGACUACUGCGCACCAACCAAGAAUUGGCGUCUUAUCUACUCCUUCGAUCCCAUCGGGAACUUGACAGCGGAGGAAGCUUCCAUGGUCGUGGGUGGGGAGAUCAACCUCUGGACCGAGCAAACUGACCCGGCGAACCUGGAUCGGAUGGUUUGGCCGAGGGCAUGUGCGGCGGGAGAGGUGUUGUGGAGUGGGAGGACGGAUGCGGAGGGGGUGAAUCGGACGACGAUUAGUGCUACGCCGAGAUUGCAUGAGAUGAGAUAUAGGUUGUUGGGGAGGGGCAUUCAGGCUGAGCCGAUUCAGCCAAUCUGGUGUGCCCAGAGGCCGGGGAUGUGUUAUGCUUGA